CAUCCCGCACCUCUCUCUCUCUCAAAUCGCAAGCCGUAGGUUUCACACAGAAACACUGCGAGAGUCGCGAUGGCGGCAAAAGCAAGAAACCCUAGAAAGACCCGAAACCCAGAUCUGGUUCGUGGGGUCGGUAAGUUCUCGAGGUCCAAAAUGUACCACAAGCGUGGUCUCUGGGCUAUCAAGGCCAAAAACGGCGGCGUUUUCCCAUGCCAUGACCCGAAGCCGGCGGCCGAGACCGCACCCGAGAAGCCCCCGAAGUUCUACCCCGCUGACGAUGUCAAGAAGCCACUCGUCAACAAACGCAAGCCCAAACCCACCAAGCUCAGGGCUAGUAUUACACCAGGGACGGUGUUGAUUAUAUUGGCUGGGAGGUUUAAGGGCAAGAGAGUUGUUUUUCUUAAGCAGCUUCCAUCUGGGUUGCUUCUUGUUACUGGGCCCUUUAAAAUUAAUGGUGUUCCUUUGAGACGCGUUAAUCAGUCGUAUGUGAUUGGCACUUCCACCAAGGUUGACAUUUCUGGGGUGAAUGUAGAAAAGUUUGAUGACAAAUAUUUUGCAAGGGAAGUUGAAAAGAAGAAGAAGAAGGGCGAGGGAGAGUUUUUUGAGGCCGAGAAGGAGGAAAAGAGUAUGCUCCCACAAGGAAGGAAAGAUGAACAGAAGAGUGUGGAUGCAUCAUUGAUAAAGUCCAUUGAGGCUGUCCCAGACUUGAAGACAUACUUAGCGGCGAGGUUCUCUCUGAAGGCAGGCAUGAAGCCUCAUGAGCUUGUCUUUUAGGCCAUUAUUUCAUAUACUACUUUUUAGGAUCAUUUUGUGCUCUUCGACUUGUUUCUUUCAGAUUAUCCGCGUACUCUGUAUUUUCAUGUUACCGGCAUAUCAAAGAUAUUGUUUGGGUCA